CGAUGUAACAAAUCAUAUAUACAAAUUAAUAGAAAAUUAAAUUUUACCGUACUGUCGUAUGUCUUAUCUGAAUACCGUAGUUAGACUACCCAGAACGCCGGACGGACAACUCGACUAUCAGACACAGACAACUCGACAACAGAGAGGUCUGAUACGAAUAUAAUGUAAACAGGCUUGGCAACAACAUCAUAUUUCACUCCGAAUCAUCCGGUUUAUUUCUUCAAUUUCACAUUUAAACAUCAGUACUCCAUCUUCGAAAGCAUUAUGUGGGUAAAGUUGUUAACAUUUGUUGCUGGAGCUGUUAUUGCAACUGUCAUCACAUUAUGGGUCAACAGCAAAGAAGAGAAAAACCAACACGAGCACAAAACUGGAAAUGGUUAUGGCGGCCUUCCACCUCUAGAUGGAUCUGUAGAAAAAUUAACAGAUACUUCUGAUGGAGCCUUUGCCUGCGCAAUUUGUCUUGAGAAUGCCAAGAACACUGUAUUUCAACCCUGUGGACAUAUAUGCAGUUGCCAGACUUGUGCUCUCAAACUCAAUGACUGCCCAAUAUGUAGAAGAAGAAUACAGCAAAUGAGCAGGGUAUAUCUGGCAUGAACUUAACAUUUCCCUGUUGCUGUACUAGAUUUCAACCCUGUGGACUUAUAUGUAGUUGCCAGAUUUGUGCGCUCAAACUUCAACUACUGCUCAAUAUGUACCCAAAGAAUUCAACAAAUGUGCAAUGGCACAAACUAACUAUUCACUGUAUAUAUAUCCUAUUUGCUGGUGGCAGGUGGUGAAUGCAUAUGGUUUUAAUAGUUCAAAUUCUGGCUAUGAUAUUUUAUUAACAGAAUUCUUCAAUGUGAACUGAAAUUUAAGAAAAAGAGAUUUGGGGCAUAUGCAAAGCUUUCUUAAGAUACAGGGUGUCCAUAUAGUCCCUUUAUCAUUUUAAUUUUGUUAUGAAGUCAGUUCUCAACCAGGUUUGUUGUUUUUUAAAUCAGUAAUUGUUUAAGUAUUUUUACUUCAUUUAAUACAUCUGUGAGGGCUAAAACAAAAUAUGGUAUCAAUUGAAUCCCUUUUGCAAUUUUUAAAAAAAUUUCAAGACUUCAUGGACACCCUAUACCAGGGGUAGGAAACCCCCUGACACUUUGGCACGCGAGCCCAUUUAUUCGGCACGCCAGCGAGGCUUCGGAAACGAGAUCAUUCUCCAUCAGAUAAAAAGUUUCAAAACUCUGAAUUAUCUGAUGAACCUAGGUGUUCGUUUAUUCAUUAUUGUUUGUUAACAAUCUGUUACUUAUCUAAACUCUUUUUGUCCUUUUACGACACAUGUCUACAAAGAAAUAUAUUAUGACGUAACACUUUAGUGAGCUCUGAAGAGUGCGCUAUUCAGUUGGCUACAUCCGCAUGUAAUAUAGCUUGACUGUGCCACUCUUUUUCUUCAUUUCUGCUUUGUUUAUGAAGUUGUAUAGCUCAUGCUAGUUAGAGAUAAUUGCUGACUUACUGUUAUUAAUUGAUUUUGGAAGAAAUAUGCGCGAUUGGGAUGCCAUUUCCGAAAAAUUUUUGUGACUUUGUAACUGCAUUACUCUUCAUGUCUUCACCUACAUAUGCUCGUGAAUCUCUGUUCUCAGUUAGGAACUUCAAUAUGUCUCGUAACAUGAGUAGCCUGAAAGAUGGAACCAGUAGUUUGUGAAUUUCUUUAAAUUGCAAAUUAUAAAUCCAAUAUAAAAUCUCUAUUAGCGCUAAUGCAGCAGCAGAAGUCUCACUGAUAUAAAAUUGUUUUUUCUAUUUGUCGGACUAAUAUUUUCGCGAAUAGUGAAUCUGUCCGUACAUGUUUAAAGGUUUAUUAUUGUGUAUUUUUGCGUUGAAAGUAGCAAAGUAUUGUUUUUAAUUUUGGUCGGCAUGCGGAAGAAUUUUGUCGUUUAAUUUAGCCGAUUUUGGCACGCGAGCCGAAAAAGGUUGCUCACCCCUGACCUAUACUAUAUUGAUUUCGCCUUUGCUUGUUAAUUUUUUGUAGACAAUUUUGACUUCUAUUAUCACCAUUGAGAGUGUGAAAUACUGGCAUUGAGCAUCUCGAAAACAUGUUUGGGUUGACUUUCGGUCAAAGUCUGCUUUAGUCAUAGAAGCAAGAUUCUAAACCAAAUUUUGACUGUUGAUCGUUUUUUUGUCAUAAGCAACGUUUUCGAUUCAUCAGGUAUCUAUCUAUAUCGUUUGUAUCUAUUUAUAUUUUUUCAAUUUUCUCAUUAAAAUAAAUUAUAUUUCAUUGUGUUUAUAGUAAAUUCUUUCCAAUCUUUUCUCGCAUUUUACUUCAUCUUUAUUGGUAAUUAGUAAUCAUUAAAAAAAAAAUUUUUCAAGAAAAAUUUCAAGCAAGGUGCACGCAGCACUGAACAAAGCUAUCGGCAACCAAUGAGAUGCAAACUUGCACUGGAAAUAUUUAAAAUUAAGGUUGCGCACUAUAUGAGGAAACUAAAACCAAGUUUAUUUCUAACCCUGUUAUCAUGGUCUAGUUCAUUUUUUCCUAGUGAGUUCCAUGCGCAGCACCUCACCCAUAGUUCAUUCAGUAAUAUGGUUGAGUUGUAGUUUUUUGGUAUUGGUGUAACCUUGCCUUGCACCAAGCCUUGUUCAAAGCAAAAGUGUUGAAAUCUUGUGAAUAUGGUCUCAUGAACAUCCCAGAUGUAUCUAUCCCUUUUUCUGUAUAUACCAAGAUUUAUAUUUUUGUCUGUACUUAUGCACCAUUUAUAGUUUAUUCGUAGAAUUAUUUGCUUUGGUGUUCUUGCAACUUUUAAUUCACUCAUCUUCACUCGUCAUGCCCUUGACUAAUAAAGAGUAAUUUAUAGAAGUAUCAA